AUGUCAUUCUCAUGCCAUGCGAAAGGCGAAGUUGUUGUUUACAAAAAUAUAACCUAUAAAUUAUGAUAAAAUAUUGAAAAUAUUGUUGAAUAAAAAUGGUUAAACGUGAAUUAAAAAACUCGGUUUCGGAGGACGAAGGUGAUUCAAAUAUAAUUAAUGAUAAUGGCAAGAGACUCGCCGAGCCUGGAAACAAAGACACUCUUAAACGUAUUAAAACAAAAAGCUUAUAUCGCCAGCCCACAGCAAACGAACUUAACCGACUACAAGAAACGGAAAACUUGUUUAAUUCCAACCUCUUCCGACUCCAAGUCGAAGAAGUACUCCAGGAGGUAAAAGUUAAAGAGAAAACAGUGAAGAGGUUCCAAGAAUGGUAUAAUAAUUUCAAAACUUACCUCUUAUCUAUACCAGAAGAUGACACCGAGUAUGAUUUAACAGAAAAAGCUUUCGAAAAACACUUAAAAGUUAAACUACCUGUCACCAAAGAUAUGAGAAAGUCAAAAGUAAUGUUUCGCUUCCACAAAUAUACAGAUGUUGAAAUCGUUGGUUCUUACACAUUAGGAUGUUCAAUUGAUUCAAAAUUGAUUGUUGAUUUGCAAAUCACAGUGCCCGCUGAAACAUAUACAAAGAAUGACUCGAUAAACUACAAAUAUCAUCUUAAAAGAGCAGCGUAUCUUGCUUAUUUAACCUCCUACUUAACUAAACUGGAUUCUAUAGAAGAAAUGAAAUACACAUACCUAAAUAAUUGUGCCACCAAGCCAGUUAUUCAUUUGAAACCAGAUGGGAAGCUUGGUAAUCAUUUGUCAGUACAUUUAAACGUAGUAUGUGAUGCUGAAGCAUAUAAGCUCCACAGAUUUAGUCCUACUCGGAACAACUUAAGAGAAUCUUGGCUACUUUCAUCGGACCAGCAAGAAGGUACAGAAAUUGGACCACCCACACCCUUUUACAACAGCAGUAUACUAACAGAUCUAACAGCUGCAGAAAAUCAGGCAUUUCUAAAUGAAACAUUCAUGAAUAAGGAGAAUUUAAAGCAAGCGAUAGUUCUGUUAAAGAUUUGGGUGCGACAGCGCAGUUUGCAGGUAUCAGGUCAUGUUAUAAGCAUGCUGGUUGCAUAUCUCGUGCAAGUGAAAAGGAUCAACAAUAUUAUGAGCAGCUAUCAAAUUAUAAGGAAUGUCUGGAUCUAUUUAAAAUCAUCAGAAUGGGACCAAAAAGGUAUAUCCCUACAUAAAGGUCAACACACACCGCCCAUUGAGGAAUUCCACACACAUUUCCCCAUAGUAUUCCUGGACAAGAGUGGCUAUUACAAUACAUGCUGGCAAAUGUGCAGGGGCACAUAUGACGCGUUGCGAAGGGAGAGUGGGCUAGCUGUGGAUAUGCUGGACAACGGCAAGAUCAACAGCUUCAUACCUCUGCUCAUGACGCCUGUCACGGUUUUGAUGCAGUUCGACCAUAUAUUGAGGUUCAAAAAUCUUCCCAAGCUAAAAGAGUCAAUCUUACAAAGAGCUCCAAAGUCAACCAGAGUCAAUUACGGACUGGAUCAACUAGCGCUGGUCACGGACACCCUACACAACUUGCUAAGGAAAGGCCUUGGGGAAAGGGUCAACUUAAUACUACAAAUUGUUGAAGCUGACUUCUCUUGGGAUGUUACUAGAACUGUGGAGAAGGCUAGGAAAAAUGGUUAUGUGGAAAACUUGUUGUUUGGCUUCAUUCUGAAUCCUGAAAACGCAAUGAACCUCGUGGACAAGGGACCGCCGGCCAAUCUACCUGAGGCCGAAGAAUUCAGAGUGUUCUGGGGCAACAAGUCGGAGCUGCGUCGGUUUCAAGACGGCUCCAUCACCGAAGCGUGUGUGUGGGACGCCGCCACUCCCGCCGACAGACGAGCCAUAAGCCGACAGAUUGUAGACUACCUUCUACAACUUAAGUAUGAUAUCCCAUCAUCGGAGCUGUACCACGUGUGCGGUCAGCUGGACUCGCUGACGGCGCGCAAGUCGGCAGGCUGUCGGCAAAUGGAGGAGACGGCGCUGUCAGUGUUGCAGGCUUUCGACGAGUUGAGGAGAGACUUGCGCGCUCUGACUCAGCUGCCGCUGGACAUUAGCGCUGUUUAUGGUAUAUCCCCAGUGUUCAGCUAUUGCGAUCCCUUCCCAGCACUGGGCUUCAAUCCGGACCGCAACCCGCGACGUCGCGCGAACGCGUCGCUUAUAAAGGAAGCGCCCAACGCGCGACUACCCGAAUACACGCCCGCUAACAAAGCUAUUUUGGAACUGAGUUACAGCGGCAAAUGGCCAGGCGAUAUCGAAGCGUUUCGCUGUCUCAAAGCAGCGUUCCACCUCCAAAUAGCUGACCGACUGCACAAGCAGUACUCCCUCCCCACACACGCCUACGACAAUCACGUGGACGUGCUCAAAAACGGCUUAGUCUUCCGCCUUCAAAUCGCGCACCCUAAGGAGAUCACACUCUUGCGGAGAGAGGUGGACAGAGGGGUGGUGAGGUUUACGGAAAGCGAGGAGAGUGUGAAGUUGGUGUGUGAGACUGUGUUGCUGCCGAGACUUAGGGGCGCGUUGCAUGGUUUGCAUCAAAAGCACCCCGCAUUUGGUCCGACCGUCUGUUUAUUCACGCGCUGGUUGUCCUGCUACCUACUGAGUGACCACUGGCCACCGUGUGUGUCGGAGUUGCUAGUCAGUGCGGUGUUCACUCUCCACGCGCCGCUGCUGCCGCCCACGUGCCCAACAGUGGGCUUCUAUCGAGUGCUGAAGCUCCUGGUGUCCACGGACUGGAGCAGUCAGAUGAUCGUGCUAGACUUCAAUGAUGACAUGUCACGUGAAGAAAUAACAGAGUUGGAGCGCAAAUUCAACACGCGUGAGACUCAGACCCCCUACAUGUAUAUCGUGACGGCAUACGACGGGGACCUCCCAUCCGUGUGGAGCAGGGGUUCGCCCGCCAAGCCGGUGGUGGUGCGCACGCAGCUCAUCGCUAAAUCCACGCUAACUUAUGUGGAAAAGGCUUUGCUGGUUGAUAUGGAGGAAAGCAUUUUGCCGGCCUUCAUCCCGUCCCUAUCAGGAUAUGACGUACUGAUCUACCUCGAGAGAAACCUAGUGCCUUACUCCAGCGAGAGGCUGGACGUGGCGCCUCGAUCACUGCCUGUGGCCACCUUGGCCGAAGACGUCAUACCCGUAGUCGAGUUCCAUCCGGUUGACAGAUACUUGGAGGAAUUGAAGAGCGCGUACGGCGACUUCGCAGUAUUUUUCCACGACCGUUAUGGAGGCGACGUCAUCGCGGUGCUAUGGAAACCGGAUAUCCAGGAACUUAGAGAUUUACAGAUUUCAAACGCCAAUGCACUAAAACCAGUAUCGGUAAAUGGUGAGACGAAAUACAAAGUAAACACGGAAGCGAUUGUGGAAGACUUCCGGAUAUUGGGGGCGGGGCUUGUGCGGGAACUUGUUGUUAAUACUAAGUGACUAUAUUGAUAUCGUAUAGGUGUUUAUGACUGUAUGAAUAACUUGAAUUAAACGCACUUUUGAAAUCGGUAUUUUUAUUUCCAUUCAGUAUGUUCUUACCUGAGACAGUUAUAAAUAUAUAAGAAUCCGGCUUUACAGUUUAUCCGGCAGAAAAUAUUGUACAUUGACCUUUAGAAAGGAAUCGCGGCUUCGUAGAGCGUUGUCUCUGUCACUCAUACCUAUGUGACGUUUUGUCGGUAUCAACGACAGAGACAACGCUCUACGAAAUCUCGAAACCGCUAUCUCUUUCCAACGGUCGAUGUAUAAUAUAUACGACAGUUUAUGACAGUUAAGAAAAUUGUAACAAAAUCUCGAGGUUUUACCUAUCAAAAUGUAGGCUAUAAAACAUGGACCAAUGGUUUUAUACUAUCUCUAUGCUAUAAAACGAUUAGGUAUGUGACAUCAAAACAAAAACA